AUGGAAGGUAGAGAGGCUCUGCGGCUCAGGUAUCGUCGUCCCCAACUGAAGCCUGAGCAGGAUGAAGACUCUGACGGCGAGGAGGAGCCUCACCUGUCCUUGCGUCCGUGGGAGGGGCCGGGAUCCGGGGUGCAGCAGGUCAUUCACAGCGGACACUUCAUGGUCUCGUCCCCACACAUCGAGCACACCCCGAAGAAGGGCUACGACUUCGACACGGUCAACAUGCAGACGUGUCAGACCUACCACUUUGGGAAAGCCAGCAUGUCCCACAUCUCCAUCGACGCCUCGCUCACCAAACUGUUCGAAUGCAUGACACUGGCUUACAGUGGGAAGCUGGUGUCUCCCAAAUGGAAGAACUUUAAGGGCCUGAAGCUGCUGUGGAGGGACAAGAUCCGCCUGAACAACGCCAUAUGGAGAGCCUGGUACAUUCAGUACGUGGAGAAGAGAGAGAACCCCGUGUGCCACUUUGUCACGCCCCUGGAUGGAAGCCUGGACCUGGACAUCCACCGAACGGCUGAGGCCAUCGCCAAUGAAGGCAGGGGCUGGAAAAGAAGAAUAGAAAUAGUCAUCAGGGAAUAUCACAAAUGGAGGACUUACUUUAAGAAGCGAUUACAGAAACACAAGGAUGAAGAUCUGUCGAGCUUACUCAAGGACCCAAAGGAGCAGUUGUGUCUGUUCGGGGAAGUGUCUCCAGACAUGCUGCGUUUCCCUCCUUACCAGGAUGAAGACUUGGUCCUGCGACGAAUGCCCCGCAAAGGCCUGGAGAGCUCCCCCGCCCCCAUGGAGAUGGACUCUCUGUUUGACAUGGACGUGCUCAUGUCCGAGUUCGCAGACACGCUCUUCUCCACACUGGCCUCGCACCAGUCCAUCCCCUGGCCCAACCCCCGCGAGAUAGCUCACGCAGGGAACGCAGACAUGAUCCAGCCGGGCCUCAUCCCUCUGCAGCCGAACCUGGGCUUCAUGGAGACGUUCGACCCGUUACAAGACUUAUUUCACAGCAUCCGUCCGCCCGCCUACCCCUCCGCUCCCCCCACUGCCACAUCUGCCCCCUCCUUAGACAGCAGCGUCUGCCCAUCACAGGCCCAGCUUCUGUCCUCCAUGCAGCUCCCUCCCUCUGGGCACUUGUCUCCAGCCGGCCCCCUGCUCCUGCCCUCCCCCAUGGCCGAACAGAGCGCAGACCCCAGCAGAGGCAGCACCACAGACUUCACACCCGCUUACAUGCCUUUGUUCUCAGAGCAGGUUCCCCCCAGCACUCGCCCUGGUGCUCGGCUAGUCUCCUCCGGACCUCCUCCUCCUCCUCCCCUGGACCUCUCUGGACCUGCUCUGAGCAAGCCGCACCCCGCUCCCUCCACGGCCCACAACGAAGCUCCCAGGUCCCAGGACUACGGCCCGGCCACUCCCCCGCAGCGUCCAGCCCUCGCUCCCAUGCCCUCCCCUCCUGUGCCCCAGACGUUCAUCCUGCCCCCGCCGUAUCACCCAGUCAGCGCCGGCAAAACCCGUCCAGUGAAACGCAUCGCUCCGGCCAACGCACUCCCAGCCCCGCAGCUCAUCUUCACAGGUCCCUUCUCCAGUCAUGCGAGUGCUGUGAUCAUGACACCCACCCACCUGAAGGCGGAGGUGAUUCCAAGCACAGGAGUGGUCAUCGCCUCCUCUCCUCUAUCUGCGACUCAGAGCUUCAACGUUGUGUCUCAAACUCAGAACUCUCCACAGCCGCUAAUACAAAAUGACAACUGCUUUUCCAGUCCCCAAAGUUCCAGAGCUUCUCCCAGCACUGUGCAAAGUCAUUCGGGCUCAGGUUCUCCCUGUGGGCUGGACCAGGAGCCCAGUCCUCAGUCCUCCAUCAGCAGCAGCAGCUCAGCACUCGUGAAGAAUGAACAACAUCAGGGCCGCAGAUCCACACACAUCUCUGCCGAACAGAAGAGGCGCUGCAACAUCAACAACGGCUUCAAGACUCUGUGUGCCCUGGUGCCUCCUCUCAAGUCUCAGACCAAUAUCAGCAAUGCCGUCACGCUGCAGAAGACCGUGGAUCACAUCGGGAAGCUGCAGCAGGAGCGGCAGCAGAUGCAGGAGGAGGUGCGCAAGCUGAAGGAGGAGAUCGAGGAGCUCAACGCCUCCAUCAGCUCGUGUCAGGAGCAGCUUCCUGUCACCGGAGUCCCCGUCACUCGCCACAGAGACGACCACAUGCGGGAGAAGUUCAAUGAGUACGUCAAGAUGCGCACGCUGCUCAACUGGAAGUUCUGGGUCUUCAGCAUCAUAAUCAAGCCGCUGUUCGAGUCGUUUAACCGCAUGGUCCUGACCACGAGCCAAACUGAGCUGUGCCAGAGUACGCUGCAGUGGCUGGACCGACACUGCUCCCUCCCCGAGCUCCGCCCCAUGGUGCUGCUUACGCUCCGGCAGCUCUGCACCAGCACCUCCAUCCUCACGCAGCCCACUCUGGUGCCGGACGAGGCGCUGAAGGCCGUGUCUCAAACAGAACCAUGA